AUGGAGUGGCCCUUUGAACAGGCCGCCUAUCGUGCAAAUGCAACCUGGCUUCUGCUUCUUGCUCUCCUGACCGCUUAUCCUGCAAAUAGGUCUUCAACAAAGGACCUUGCCAAAGCCCUCAAUGGCUUUUUCCAGGCACCGACGCUGCCCCUUCCCGCCGAAAUAAACGGUAUCAUUGUCAAUUACCUCGAGAAGCACGAAAAGGCCGACGAAGGAUGCGGUGAGCGAUUGGGCGAUGAGUUGUCGGCCAUCUGGGAGAAGGCGGUGCAGGACCACCCUGAAAAAUACGCUGCUUUCCUCACGAUCCUACGGCAACUCCGCUCAGGCCUCCGGACGCCGGCAAGAGUUUUUAAAUGGUGGGACAAACUACUUGAUCCAGUGCUGGAUCAUGUCGGACAGGAGAAAGGCCUAGCGAAGGAGGCGAUGGACCACACACUUGAGCUCCUCUCGACCGACGAGUACGAUGAUCCAAUGGCCUGGAACGAAGAAGGUUUGGCGCCCCUCGUCCACCGGCUCCUGACGAGGUGGAUGGAGGCGCGCGAGACGGAGCCGGGUCUCCGUCAAUCGGCCGGCCUCAAGGAGCAGAUGAUCAAGGAUGCCCUAAUGGCGUUCGGAAAAAGAGACCCAAAGGGCUUCAUGACGGCCCUGAACGGAUUCGUGGUCAAAAGAGAGCAUAGGAACUCGGCCCUGAGUCUUCUCUGCGCGUUCGUCUCGAGCGGCCCGCCGCAUCUGCACCUCAUCCUACAAACCCCCUUGUUCGGGAACAUCUUGCAUUCCCUUCAGAAAGAUGAAUCCACCGCGACGGUCAAUUUAGCUCUCGUUGCUUUGGUCAUGAUCCUUCCCUUUAUCCCCAGUUCUCUCGUCCCGUUUCUCCCCACAUUGUUCAAUAUUUACGCUCGGUUGCUAUUCUGGGAUCGAGACUCGUACUUCGCCCAAAAACACACAGAAAUGGGAACAGAAAACGGCGAGGCCGGAGGCGGAAUGCCUUGGGACACGUCGCUGUUGGAUCCUGAUUACGACGGCCACUCCCUUUCUUACCUACCGGAGUACUUCACCCUUUUGUAUGGCCUGUAUCCCAUCAACUUCCUAGAUUACGUUCGCAAGCCCCAGCGGUACCUCCGGCAUGCGAACAAUGCCGACGAUAUCGAUGUCCAGGCCAUGGAGAUCAGAGACCGGUCGGAUCGGUUCAGAAAGCAGCAUCUGUUGCACCCAAACUUUUACAACCUCACCAUUGAAUCCGAGAAGACGGACCUCAGUCGGUGGAUCAAGAGCGAGGCGGAUGAGGUCCUGGCAGACUGUCUGGCUCUGGUCAUAGACCAAACACCUACCAAUGCUCAUGUUCGCCCGGCCACACCGCUCCCGGGCGGGCCUGGGUCGGCCGUGGGCGACGGUCUCGAACAAGAAGGGUCCGACUCUGCUCUUCUGACCAACCCGGCGGGUACCGAUCCCUCGCACCCGGCAUUAUCGAUAAGCUCCAUGUCCAUCCGCCGGGCUAAUACCCCGUCGCUCCGCCGAGGCUCCCAGUCGAGCCACCCAUCGAUGUACGAGUUCUCGGAAGCCCAGAACCGUGGACUGGACGAUGAUCAGUCAACAUCUCAUGAUCACGCUCCAGACAACAGUCGCUCCAGCGACCUCGUGAAAACGGCGCUCCAACAAUCGCUUCCCAACGAUAGCGUGCCAUCAAUAGCACUUAAUCUUCAUGAUCAAGGAGGAGAAAAGAGUCCACUGCAGCAGGCGACUGGCCACGGGUCGGGGUGCAAAAGAUCCAGCCUCGAGAUAGACGACCAAAUAGCAUUGUUGCAGCACCACAGGCUUCGGUUGAUCAACGAUCUGCAGUACGAGAGGUUUAUAAAAGAACAGCAUAUGAUACACAUGGGUGAGCUACGGCGGCGGCAAAUUGGGGUGUCGGCCACGGAAGCCGAAACGCAAAACCUUGUGAUGGCGAACCGCAGUCUGAAACAGCGACUAGACGAAGCCAAGAGAGGCGAAGCGCAGAUUAGGAAAGAGUUCGAUCACCGGCGGAACAUGACCAAAAAGUGGGAGAGCGACCUGUCGAACAAGCUGCGCGGCCUGCGCGAGGAGCAGAAAAGGUGGAGCGUGGAGGGUAAUGACCUAGGCCAGCAACUGAGAAAGGCGCAAGAGGAAUGCGAAAGCCUGCGCCGGCUCGUCGAAGAAGCAGAGCACAAGAGGCUGCAGUCGGAACAAAAUCUCGAGACGGUUGACAUUAGCACAGCUAUGAUCGAGAAGCUCAAGAGCGAGAUUGCGCGACUCUCGGCUUCGGAGCGGGAGCUACAGGGUAAGGAGACGAAAAUGGAUAUUGCGAUGCAAGAGGCGGCCGUCGCGGAGGCUCGGGUACAACAAGUGGAGCAGGAGACUACCGCCUUGAAGGAACAACUUCGCGAGACAAAUGGUCAUUACCAGGCGCAAAUCAAGGAACUGAAAGCGCAACUCGCCAAGGCGCACCAGCAAGACACGAAGCAGCCCUGCAACGACGUGGCCGCGGCGUACCAGAGUGCCCUCUCAUCAGCCCGGGCGAAGAACACGGCACUCCAGAGGCAAUACGAUGCGCUCAUGAAGAAAUGCACGGCCCUCGAAUCAACAUUAUUGGAUAUGCGGUGCAACGCCGAACAGAGGAGGGGAAGGACCGAGCGAGGCUCAUUAGCUGACGGCGACAGCGAGGCGUCGCUGAUGGGAAAAGGCCCGUCAGGAAUACGGAGUCGGCAGCGGGGCUCCUCGGAUCCGGAAGCUGCGGAGCAAACGUCCCACAGCACGGUACCGCCGUCGACUGAGUCGGUGUCAGGGGGUCCCGGAUCACAUGGCCCGCUGAGCCCGACAGCACAACACGGCCGGGCUGGCGACGCCGGUGGUGGGUCGGUGACAAGCCCGCAGGCCGACAGAAAUUUCCCUCGAGGGGGGGCUCAAAGCGCGGCGCGGAAAGAGCGCAAGGAUAAAAAAGAAGACAAGGGUGACAAAAAGGAUAAGAAGCCGAUGACCAUGAGGGCAAUACGGGGGUUUGUGUGA